CGAUAUGUUGUAUACAUUCUGCUCGACUAAUGGCGGGACAUCUAGUGCUGCGUUCAGCUGAAACUACGACUCUUCGUUUGUUUCUUAGGUCCACCACAGUCAGUCUGGACUUAAAGAGAAGCGCAGGUGGAAAUGUUACAGCUUCUGUCCCUCCUGGAAGCCUCAAGACUGAGGCUGACCUCCCUGAGGUCACUCUUCCCACAAUCCUGUACAGGUUGAUCUUUAAAGGGUACUACAAUCGCAUGCAUGAGCUGCAGUUAUAUGAAAAGCAACUGUAUGGCCCCAUGUAUAAAAUAAGAGGUGGCAACAACCAUACAAUUGCACUAAAUACUGUGGAGCUGCUGGAGGAGCUGAUGAGGAAAGAUGAUAAAUACCCAAGCAGAGGAGACAUGGCUAUCUGGACUGAAUACCGGGAUAUGAACGGUUUGGGUUACGGUCCUAUCACUGAAGAAAGAGAAAAAUGGUCCAAACUCCGAUCUGUACUGAACAAGCGUAUGUUGCAUCCAAAGGACUCUGUGAAGUAUGAGGACAUGGUUAAUGAGGUGGUUACAGAUUUUGUCAAACGUAUACGCCAUUUACGCAAGCUGAGCUCUACUGGAGACCUGGUACCCAACAUAUCCAAUGAGCUGUACCGCUUCUCUCUAGAAGGAAUCUCCCGCAUACUGUUUGAGACUCGUAUUGGCUGUCUUGAGAAUAAGAUUCCAGCAGAGACUCAAAACUUUAUUGACUCUAUUGCUCAGAUGCUCACUUAUACCGUGGUCUUGUCUCUGUUACCCAAGUGGACUCGCAACUAUUUGCCAUUUUGGCAGCGUUACAUAAGUGGUUGGGACGGAAUCUUCACAUUUGCCUGCAAGCUAAUUGACAGGAAGAUGGAGGACAUUCAGAAGCGCUUGGAUGCAGGUCAGGAAGUUGCAGGAGAGUAUCUCAGCUACUUGCUUUCCAGCACCAAUAUGAGCAAAAAGGAUGUGUAUGGAAGUGUUGCUGAACUGCUCCUGGCAGGAGUGGACACAACAUCCAAUACCAUGAUGUGGGCCUUCUACCUGCUGUCACAAAAUCCAAAGGUACAGGACACACUGUAUCAGGAGGUGAACAACAUCAUUAAAGGGGACAAAAUUCCAACAGCUGAGGACAUAAACAACAUGCCCUUCCUUAAGGCUGUCAUCAAGGAGACUCUAAGAAUUUACCCAGUUGUUGUCAUGAACGCACGCCUGUCGUCAGAAAAUGACAAGAUCAUCGGAGGACACUUCUUCUCUAAGAAGACCACAUUUGUAAUGCAUCAUUAUGCAAUCAGUCAGGAUGAGACCAUAUUCCCUGAACCAAGACUCUUCAAGCCUGAACGCUGGGUACGAGAUGGGAGGGAGCGACCUACCCCAUUCGGAUCCAUUCCUUUUGGGUUUGGAGUGAGAGGGUGUGUUGGUAAACGCAUUGCUGAACUGGAGAUGCACUUGGCUUUGGCAAGGAUAAUAAAGCUGUUUGAAGUCAAGCUGGAUCCGAACGUGGGAGAGAUCAAAGCUCUCAGCCGUACUGUGCUUGUGGCAGACAGAACUGUCAAUUUUCAUUUUCUGGAGCGGAAACACGCAACCACUUAAAGAUAUUCUAAGCUUUAAAUCCCACCAAAUAAAGUCACUAAACAAAUUUAUACACUAUUCAUAAAAACUCCCUAAAGACAUCCCUAUGCAAAGUGCAAUUAAAUCACAAUGUAGUACCUUAAGUAAAGUGACACCUGUAAGGAACUUGAUCUCUGUCAUUCUUCUGUUCUUUCUGUAACUACUAUCUGUAAUCUCAUUGAUGUGUGUGCAUUUUAUAUAUGUUUUCUUUUGUUAGGAAAGCAAUUUCAGUGUAAAUGUACCAUAAUUGCCUGGCAACAGCUUCACCACUGUGUUUUGUACUAUUAUUCUUACAGUUUCUUUUUGUAUUUUAUAAUUGCAGUGUAUUACUUGAAAUAAAUGUACAAUAUAGCACUAUACUAAAUACAAUAUAUUGCAGUAUCUAGAUAGAUUUUUCUUUUAUUCAAUUAUUACAA